AUGAAUCAACCUACUACUCUCUCAGUCAUCACUAUGCCAAUUCCUGGCACUCGUUAUGCUCCUAAGAAGUUCAAGGGAGACUAUACUCGUGUCAGGGAUUUUGUUCUCCACUAUGAGCGCAUCUGUCAUGCAAACAAUGUCACUGCUGACGAUGAAAAAUGCUCAAGCAUUCUCCAAUACUGCUCCACAUAUGUUCGCGAAAUUAUUGAAGGAAUGAAGCACUUCAUUACGCCCUCAUGGAACAGUCUCAAAGACGAAAUUCUCCAGUACUUUGAUGCUGCAAAAGCAGAGGCCAAAUUUAAAGAGCAUCAUCUUAAACAGCUGGUCGAUGCUUCGCACAAGAAGAAAAUGGGCUCUCUGGACGAUUUCAAGAGCUACAUGAGGAAGUAUGUUCGUGUUGGAGGAUGGCUU